UACAGCCAAUCAGGGCAAGGAUGCGCAGAAAGAACGAAAACCGGUUCUCCGGCGGUUAUGCUCUCUGGUGAACUCAAGUAUACAUCACAUCACUUAUAAUUCAAACUUACUUCACGUCUUCGUAAUUCUUUUGAAAAAUUGUUUCUCCACAAUAUGGAAGAUAAUUCAAAUUGGUCUCAUAGUAUUUAUAAGAGUGAUCCUUUGUUGUUUAAGAGUUAUAUCGGUAUGAGAGUAAACAUUUCAACUGUAGAUGGUACUACAAUUUCUGGUGUUGUUUAUACUGUUGAUCCUGUAUCAGAGAGUGUGGUAUUGCUGCAGACCAGUCAAGAGAAUCGUUUAAAAAUCGUUUUCGGUCAUGCAAUAAAAAAUAUAAAAAUCGAUUCAGAUAAACCGUGUGAGCUACCAGAAUUAUUUAUAAACACGCCAAGGAAUCUUCCUCAAUCAUCGUUAGAAGAACGAAGAAAUGUCGUAAUAAAGAUGCUUCAGAAAAAUAGAUUUUCGGUUAAAAAGGAAAAAGAUAUUUUAACGAUUGAGAAUGUAUUGUCGAUAAAGCCCCCGUAUGAACCGAACGAUUGCAUGUGUUCAAACAGUAUUAUUUUAGGAAAAAUUCAGAAUCUACUAUCUCGAAUUCAAACUUGAUAUUACAAACAAAAUAAAUAAUUAGGAUACGAGCGAAUUUGUUCAGGUUUCUCUUAAAAAAAAUUCGUUUUAUUUUAAAAAAUUUGCAAUCUAUAUACUUCGUUUUUUUUUUAUCAUAAAAUAUUCUUUAUUUCGCAACUGUUACGUUGCCUAAAAUAAAGUUCCGCUUGACAUAAAUCAAUCGCAGAUAAAAAUUCGUUUCGUUUAUAGUAAAAUUUAAUUUUAAUAUAGUUAUCUAAUGGUAAUCUAAAUUUUACUAUAAUCUGAAUAUGUUGAAUUCGUAACGUUGCAUUUAAUUAUGAUUAAUUCACUCUAUUUUCGUGUAAAUGGAAAUUAGACGCACGUUAUCGAUUAGUAUGAAUCAAACUUUUUAGUAAUUUUUUCAAAAUAAAAUGCACAUUUAAUUCUUUUUCUUAUGAAUAAGUAGUUCCUUUUAUAAAAACCGUCCUAACUGAAAAAAUAAUGCUUAUAAUACUUGUGCUGAAAAAUUGUUUAAUGUAAAACGAAAAAAUAUUUAUAUAUGUAUAUAAACGAUGCCAAAAUGGAAUAUAUAUAAUUAUUAAAAAAAAAAAAAAUUAAAUAUAUAAUCUAAUUUAAUAAAGGCA